GCGCAUAGAGACAUAGCGCGUGCAGCGAACGUUUCUGUAGCCGUCUCUUUAUUUUUUCCUUCAAGGGUUCUUUGCGAACGAAACACAAAAUAGUUUGAAACUUGUCCACAUCGGAACCAUGAUGUUUCCCUGCUCUGUACCGCCUGCUCUGUACCCGAGCUCACUGCAUCCCGCGGCGGCUCUCUCCUCGCCCGUGAACCGCUCAUUCCACUCAGGCUUCCUGGUGGAAGACCUCCGAUUGAGCCAGCCGGUCACCUACAUACACAGGACUUUGUCUUUAAGAGGCUCCGGACACAUGAUCCCACUCAGCGUGGAACCGUGCGGCCCGCCCCGGGCAUUAGAGGCCAGCGCAGAGCGCUCGGUGCGCCAGAGCUCCAGCCAGCCGAGCCGCAGUAGCCCCGGAUCUCCGCACACUGGCUGCCCUAACUCCAGCGACCUCAAAUUUGGCGUUAGUGCGAUCCUGGCACCGUCUACACGGAGCAUCCAGAGUGUUCAGACCAAGUCCUUCCCUCUUCCUUUCUUUGAAGGGGGCUUCCAUCCUUUCAUCAGAGCUUCCUGUUUCACAGCUUUGUCCUCUGUGGUUCCUGUCCUGGGAACUUUUUCAUGGCCCUUAGCCCCCAGAGGAAAGCCCAGGAGGGGCAUGCUGAGGCGGGCUGUGUUCUCAAACCUCCAGAGGAAGGCCCUGGAGAGAACUUUCCAGAGGCAGAAAUACAUCAGCAAACCAGACAGGAAGAAACUGGCCAGUAAACUAGGACUUAAAGAUUCCCAGGUGAAGAUCUGGUUUCAGAACCGCAGGAUGAAAUGGAGGAAUUCCAAAGAGAGGGAGCUGCUUUCGACAGGUGGCUGUCGACAGCAGACCCUCCCCACCAAAACCAAUCCCCACCCGGACCUCACUGAUGUAGGCGGCCCCCACUGCCAAAGGCGAGAGAGCCAUGAGUCACCUCUUCACCAGCACCUGACAUCUCUAUCCGGCAAACUGUCGGAACUCUCGGGGUCAGACAGUGAAGAGAUCACUGUGUCAUAGGACUGGUCAGACUCCUUUUUUCUUUUUCAAACAGCAGCUUCCUCUGAAAAUAUCCCAUCAGCUGCAAAGAAUAACUCAACAAGAACUAAUGAAUGGAGGCAAAUACCACAAGUGCUUGAAGUGGCUCUGUACAUAGUUUUCUAUUCUGCCUUUUACCCUGUGAUUCAUAUGCCUGUACAGUGAUGUUUACACAACUCGCUGUAGUCCAGUGUAUCAAUAUACAGUAAACAAAGGAUAUUAUUUUAGAGAUAUUUUAGGUAGUUGUAGCUUGAAAUGUCUUAAACUCUUAAGUAUACAAAGUGCUGUUUUCAUACAUAUGUUUAUUCUUUAUACUUUCUCAAAUAACUCUUGGCAAUGGUCAUAUUGUGAUUAUAUUUAGUGUCAUGCUCCAUGAACUCAGUGUCUUAUUUGGAUUAAACAUUAUAGACUGGUAAUUUAAUUCUGCAUUACAGCGUCAUUGCUGUGUGGAGAGUUGAUGCUUUGGUUACCUGAGCAACCGCAGAUUGCCUUUAAAAAAAAACUUGAAUUUACUGCACGUUAAGGUAUAACAGUAUAUUUUUCCAAGAGGAAGCAUAUUUCAACAGCUCACAUCAUUAAAUCUUGUUUUUGACGUUAAAUUGUGGAUGAUUUUAUAAAGGCAACACUAUGAAAGUAAACCACUGUAGUGAUUUCAGAUUAUAAGGUGUUUGUUCUGGUGUGACCUGAUAGAAGGUGUAACAAUAUUUCAAUUCAUGCACCGGGACACGCCUAGAACCUGCCAGGGAACAUGAGCUUAGCAAGUCACCACUGAAUACAGGUUUGUGUCUUUGUUCUUCCACAGCUGGGGGCUAUUGCACUAAAGUAGAAUAAAGAAAGCCAGGAUAACUGAAAAAGCGCAGUUUGACUUAGUGUGAUCCGCUCAGAGCGGCUAAAUCGGUUGCACGAGCCAGUAUGAGAAGGUGAAGCUAUGUCAAUCUAGGUGUACGCAGUUGGGAUAAGUGCAAGUCCGCGGCUUUCUUAAAUAGACCACAGUAUUGAUCACAGAUAUACUGAUGCAGAAAUAGAAAAGCGGGGCAUAUUUUUCACCUAAUUCAUGAUUUCAACUAAUCAUGGAAAUGUAUGAGGAAGUGAAAGCAUAUAAUAUGCCAAAAAGGAAAUAUGGCAGCUGUAAUUAAACAGAGAAAAAGCCUGGCUGUGAAUUAGGAAAGUUGUAUGGUUGUUGUAGUUGGUUUUAUUGCUUUAUCUGUGUUUAUGUGCUAAUUGUGCCGUUUUUACUGUCUUUGAGUAGCCUACCAUGUAAUGCACUAUAUAAAUAAAAUGUCUUAUUAUUUAGCAUACUUUGCCUUAAAGGUUAGCGGGAAUUAAUGUUCCUCUGGAGAAUAUGGUGGUGGUGUCUAAUUCUAAAUAUCUUUAAUUAAUGUUCAUACAGAAUAAAAAUUACCUAU